AUGGUUAUCACGGUGCUUGAAGGUAAUCACAUUUUUGGCUCUUUUUGGUCAUUCAUUGGAUGUCCGUUAAAGGCAACGCAGCAGACUCGUCACGGUGCCGACUACACAUGUCUUCAGAUGGAAACGAUUCCCGAAGAAGUGUUUUUCACCGGCAACGACCCAGUCUAUCACCUGAACUUGAAGCGUAACUGUUUGACGGAACGCCAGGCUCAUUCGAAUAAAUACUUCAUCGGAUUUUUGGACGACCUGCCACUACUGAACUCACUGAGAGUCCUCAACCUAUCGGACAACGAUCUUCUGCGCGUACCAACGAGUAUCUUCAAGCUUCCACAUCUGACCGAGCUUUCACUGGCGGGCAAUAAAAUAAGGGAACUUCCUCUGCAGAUCGGCCUUCUUGUAAAUCUGAAGGUAUUGAACCUGCAGAACAACUGGUUGGAGUCGUUGCCAGAGGAACUCUCGAAAUGUGAGUCUCUGUCCUCGCUGGACGUGAGUUUCAACCGGUUUCGUAUAAUCCCCACCGUUUUGACGGUCAUGCCUUCCAUAGAAGACUGGCUUUUCAGUGGCAACGCGAUCAGCCAUAUUCGCCUGAUGAUUCUGUUCGACGGUCCAGUUCACGUGCGUCGGAUCGAACUGAGGCACAACAAGUUGCUCAGUUUACCGAGUGAUGCCACAGCCUUUGGACUGCUACAUAAUUUGACUCAUCUCGACAUCAGUGACAACAGUGCAAUAACUUCGUUGGAACUUUCCUACCUCACUAACUGUAUGGAAAUGUUGCCGGACUGGGUCUGUCGUUGUGUCAAAGUAGAGAAAAUCGUUGCUUCUCACAAUCGCCUGUCAGCGCUUCCUGAAUGUUUGUUUACGAGUCUGCCAUGUUUGAAAUAUCUUGAGCUUGACCACAACUCCAUCACUAUUCUACCAGAUGGGAUUGAAAACUGUUAUAUCGAGGUUCUCCUGCUGCAUCGAAAUUUGAUCUCCUCGCUUCCGGAAGAGUUCUUUGCAUCGCUUCACAGGUUGAAAUUUCUCAACUUGUCGUACAACGCUUUGAGCUUUCUUCCGUCCGCCAGUCCGUUGGUGGAGCUGAACAAAAUCACACAGUUACACCUAUGCAAUAACAGUUUGACAGAUGACGCAAUAGUGACCAUUGGCAAUUUUCGAAGACUGCGAGUUCUCGAUUUGUCCUACAAUUACCUAACCAGUUUGCAAAACGGCUAUUUAGAUAAAUUGCAAAACUUAGAGCAUCUCAGCGUAUCCGGCAAUUCACUCAGCACCUUACCAUCUGCAAUCUGUUCGCUUCCAAACCUCACGGUUUUUCGUGCUCAUUCAAAUCGCAUCAAGGAAGUACCUAAUUUCAGCAGGAACAGAUGUUUAAAGGUUCUCGACCUUGCGUGCAACCAGCUUGAUGAAGUUCAGCUUCGAUUUCUUGUCAGUCCAAAACUUCGUGUUUUGGACAUUUCCUGCAAUGAGAACCUGCAAAUCAAUCCGGAACACGUACAACUACUACAUCCCGAAAAAUUUGUCUCACUGAUCGACGUUAACAAAGAGAUUCAACCCGAUGUCUCAGAUGACGUCAGCUUACCAUGGAAGAUCGGAUUUGUCGAAACCCCGGGUGAAAGAAAUAAACGAUGCUCUUUUGCCAGUUCUUGGGACGAUGCUCUCUUCGGCAUAGUAGACGGUGGUACGAACAGCGAGCUGUCAUCACUGAUGAAGCAAAGUUUACCGACAGCAAUACAGGCUGAGCAGAAGACGAGCAAACACGGUGACGGACCGUACCUGAAAAAUGCGUUUCUCGCUUGUCACAAGGAUCUCAAAGCGUUGGGGCAAAAACUCGGGGUCAGCUGUGCCGUCUGUCACUUGGUCACCGAUCUACAGAGGAGCGUGUGCGAAGUUCGAGUCGCUAACUGCGGCCUCACCGAGGCUGUGCUUUGCAGAAAUGGAGAACCGGUGAUUUUGACUCGGAAAUUCUCCGCCUCGCACAUGCCCGAGGAAUACGGCCGCAUCCGCCAGGCUGGGGCGAUUUUAACCGAGAAUAAUGACAUCAACGGAGUGACGGCAAAUUCACGCCUCAUCGGAAAGUACUAUCUCUAUCCAGCGAUAAUCCCUGUUCCUCACGAAGCGGUUUUUAAACUUAACACUCUCGAUGAAUUUAUGGUGAUCGCCAAUCGCUCAUUCUGGGAAACGGUAGACGAAGCCGAAACGGUGGAAUUAAUAAGGAAAGUACAGGACCCUGUCAAGGCCGCAAAAUGCCUUCAAGACGCUGCUCAAGCUUACGGACACAACGGGAACCUCAGUAUAAUAGUAAUUAGGUUUAUGUUUAAAACCCGUCGCCGAGUAUUUUCCCCAUACCUGCAGAGAACGCCGUUGCGAGUGGCCCAGCGAGCACCGGCCUCGUCGCUGACCAACUUGACCGCGACUGAAAACUGUCUGUUCUCCGAUGACGAGAUCAAAAGCGAACCUCGGAGUCGCCAGUUUGUGGAAACACCGAAUUACUAUUUGCAGUACAAGAAGAAGCAAGAGGCAGCAUUGAAAGACAACCUGAGUACCGCUGAACUGUGGGAGAACUUCUCGUCCGAAAGCACCAUCUCGACCGAGCCGGUUUCGUCGCUUUCACGCCGUCCCGCGGACGACGACGGCUACUUUUCGAACAAGACCAGCUUCUUUGCCUACGCUUCGAACAAGCCUCUGCCUGUCCACGUCCAAGGCGACGGCUCGCUUCAAGGUACUCGACCAUCACGAGAUCUGGUCACGCUGACGUCCACGCAUUCGAUGAGCCGGACAGAAACCGUUUCGAAACAUGAUUAA